GACCACUAUGAACCAACUGCUGAAGAGGAGAGGUGAAGCAGAACAUGCCAUCAAGGACUUGGAGUCACUAUAUACACAAACAGUGAAGUCUGCUGCAGAUUUCAGAGAAAGAGUCUCAGACAAGUACAGCAGGAUCCGCGUUGUGCUGGACGGUGAUGAGCGUCUGAUGAUGCAGAUUAUAGACGCAGAGGAGACGUACAUGACAGAGUGGCUGGAGGCCCAGAGGGGCAUCAUGGAGGCUCAGAUCAAAGAGAUAGACAGCCUCAGAGCCUCCAGCAAAUCACUCCUCCAAGAGACAAAUCAUCUGCGAUUCCUGCAGCAAAUCACAGCACAGAAUCUUUGUGACCCAGUGGAUUUAGCACCAAUCCAGAAAGUAGACAAACAUCUGUGUGACCCCGAGAAGCUGAGAACAGUAGAGAGGCUCGUGGAUGACCUCUCAGUGGCUCUGUCCCAACACUUUCCACGUAUGUGGUCAUAUCUAAGUUCUCCUGCUCUGGACUCCAACACAGCCCAUCCGAAACUGGAAAUAUCCCAGGACAGGAAACAAGUGUAUUGGAGGCAGCAGCCUGUCACUGAAGCUGUUAGCCCUCAGCCUUAUGACUCCCAGUUUAGUGUACUGGCUCAGGAGAGUUUUACUACUGGCCAACACUACUGGGAGGUCAUAGUCCAGGAGAAACCUUACUGGCUAAUAGGUGUGACCGCUGGGCCAGUCGAGAAGAAAGACGGUCCAAGCCAGAGAUCUACCAGCCUGGGUGUGAACAACACAUCCUGGUGCAUCUACCAUGGAGAUGGACAAUACCUGGCAUGUCAUGAUACCCAGGAGAAGCAGCUGUCAGUGGAAAAAAGAGUGAGAAAGCUGGGCAUACUGGCAAAUCUCCAGAAGGGGGAGCUGUCAUUCUACGAUGCUGAUUCUAUGACCCUGUUGCACUCUUUCCGUGUGCAGUGCACAGAGCCUCUCUACCCCAUGUUAAACCCAUGCAUUGAUGUGAAUGGAUUGAACAGGCAGCCUCUUACCUUGUUCUUGAUUAAGGACCCCUGGAAUUGUGAACACAAAUGGGGCUAAAGGAUGAACUUAAGAGGACAACCCUAAAAAUGUUUCCAUGUUUCAUUCCAGUUUUGUAUGCUGUCAAAAUUUCAUAGCCAUCAUCAGUUUCCCUGCCUUGACUUAAACUAUGAUCAAUUUACCUACCUCCAUAUUUAAGAGAAGAUAUAGCUAGAGAUAGAUGAUGGACAUACAAUACAUUUCUCAUUUCUAGAAGCAAUGGGAGAGAGAGUUUAAAAUACUACAUUAUGAUGUUCUGAUGUUCACAUUAUUAUUAUUAUUAUUAUUAAUAGUAUUAUUAUCAUAUAAUGUUGAUGUUUCAUAGAAAACUGUUAAAGAUUCUCUCCAGACAUGUAUUAAGAUACAGUCUGC